GGCCGACUCCAUCUGACAAACCAUAGACUGACAACUGUGUGCGUGGGUGCGUGCAGGCUAUAGAGAGGGCGAAAGAAAGCUGAGGGAGAGUUUGUAAGCAACCACUCUAGAAGAGCAAGCCGCAGAGGAAGGGUCAUCGCGUGUGAAGAGGGCAAAUCAAGCAUUCCAACCAAAACGCCAUUCUGAAUGGUUGUCAAUGGCUGCAACAAUCAAUCAAGCAAGAACAUCCAUUUCCAAAAUGUUUAAUGGAGAGCCCCGUUCGUACACACGCUUCAACUUGGCCCAAAACUCAGACGCUGAUAGUAGCCAAGUGGAGAUGAAACUGUCAACGGAUGUUGACGAUGAAGUUGGAAACCCUGAAGAUGGCCAAGCUCGCGUCACCUACACACAGAGUCCUCUGCGCACCUACAAGAACAUCUGUUACCUGGCCCUGGGCACUUUGGUGGUCUUCAUCUUGGGUUAUCUUGUUGGUUAUGUCAGUCACCGUAAACCAGACGUGGCGUCUACUUCCUGCCUCACUGCCUCCACUGUCCCCACUGUGCCCACUGUGCCAUCUAAGGAAGAUCAGGAUGAAGGACUUGCGGUUGAAGCCCUUCCGAGUUUGAGCUGGAAUGACAUAACCAACUUACUUGAACAGAAGCUGUCCUCUAGUGCCUUCUCUACCAGAUUCAGUGACUUCUCCCUCCCAAGGGGCGUAGGCCAUGAGGCAGGAAGUGAUGGAGAUAUCGAGCUUGCUAAUAAAGUCUUGGGUGUGUUCAAGGACUUGAACAUGAAGUCCUGGAAUGAUAAGCAUAUUGUCAAGCUGCCACGUCCAUCCAGUGACAACCCAAAUAAAGUCCUUUUUGGUACUGAAGAAAUCGGAACACCCAAAGGUUACUUGGCUUACAGUGAAGUUGGAAAUGCAACGGGCAGAGUGGUGUAUGCAAACUAUGGUGAACUAGACAAUCUCUCCUAUUUCGACAAGAAGAUAGACCUCAAAAGCAGUGUCCUACUGCUAAGGGCUGGCAAGAUCAGUUUUGCAGAAAAGGUUGCCAAUGCUGCUAAAUAUGGUGCAGUGGCAGUACUGAUCUACCCUGAUCCUGACGACCACAACUUUGUAGGCUCCACAGAACUUUACGGACAUGUCCACUUGGGCUCUGGAGACCCCUACACACCAGGGUUUCCGUCCUUUGAACACACCCAGUUUCCCCCUGCCAAGUCUUCAGGCCUCCCUACUAUUUUGGCACAGACAAUUACUGCCGAUAUGGCCCUCAAGAUCUUCCAGAAGAUGGGAGGUGAUCUUGCUCCCAAAAACUUUAAAGGCAACCUGGUUACUACAUACAAACUGGGCAGUGCAGAUAACAUGGUGACUGUGACCGUCAGCAGUACUCUCGCUGAAGCAGACAUCCACAACAUAUUUGGUGUAAUCAAGGGAAGCGAGGAGUCAGAUCGUUAUGUUGUCAUUGGUGCACAGAGGGACUCCUGGGGCCCGGGUGUUGCAAAGUCCACUGUGGGCACCACUCUGUUGGUAGAGCUGGCCAGCGCAAUCUCUGAGAUGGUUAGAAAAGACCACCUCAGCCUCAGGAGGAGCCUGGUGUUUGCCAGCUGGAGUGCUGGCGAAUAUGGAAGCGUUGGAGCCACUGAGUGGCAGGAGGGUUACUUGUCAUCUCUGAACAUGAGAGCCUUCACCUACAUUAAUCUGGAUGGAGUUGUUGUAGGUCGUACAAAGUUCAAGGCCUCUGCAAGUCCAUUGUUAUAUGACUUACUGAAGAACACUUUGAUGCAGGUGAAGAGCCCAUUUCACGCUGGCAAAACUCUGCUUGAUGAUUAUACAACUAGUCGGGACUGGGAGACCCCUGUACUUGAAGCUAUGAAAAUGGAUGAUGCUGCAUACCCCUUCAUGGCUCUUUCUGGCAUCCCAUCUAUUUCAUUCCGUUUCUGUGAGGACAAAGAGUACCCGUACUUCGGAACCUCCCUGGACAGUCUUGACCACCUUGUAGUUUCCACAAGCUCCAAGCAUGCUGAAUUCGCCGUGGCGGCUGCAAAUGUGGCGGGUCAGAUGGCCCUGCGGCUGGCUCAUGACCACCUGCUGCCCUUGGAUGUGGCGCGAUCCGGAGCCGAGAUCAGGAAGAAAGUGAUUGAGGUCAACAGACACGUCAACCAAUUCAAGAGCACUCUAGGGUUGAAUUCGACUCUGGCUCAGGUUUUGUCUGUCCAAUGGCUGAACUCUGCCAUCGGCACCUAUGGCCGAGCUGCUCGUGAUCUCCAGAACACUAUCGAUAACAGUGACCUGGAAGACAAGGAAAUGUGCCGCAUCAUCAACGACCGCAUCAUAAAGGUGGAGCAUAAUCUGCUCUCUCCCUAUGUGUCUGUGAGAGAUGCGCCUUUCCGCCACAUACUCUUCGGCUCAGGAUCUCACACAAUGGAAGCCCUGCUGGACCAUCUUAACGCCCUCAAGCAAAGUGCUCCGGAGUCCGAUGAGGAUCUCUUCCGCAACCAGUUCGCCUGGGCUACCUGGACCAUUCAGAGUUGUGCCAACGACCUCUUCGGUCCUAUCUGGGCAAUGGAUAAUGAAAUCUAAGUCUGUUUGUGAUGACCUCAAGAAGGUCAGCUUGAUAUACAAUGAGAUUUCUGACACUGGCUGCUGAUUGGGGAUCCACAACCAGCCUCAUUGCCUUUUCGCACUUGUCUGAGACCCCAAAAACCAAAGGCCAAGUUGCUUAAUGGGGGGCCACUCUGCCUUCGCCAUGUUCUAAUGAGUCAACCCUACCCUUGCCCGUAUGAAAUGUAUUUAUUAUCUAUUUAUUUAUCAGUGGCAGUGUUCACUAUAAAUAGUAUUUCUAUUUUAUUUUACAAAAUUAUCGGAAGCAGUGCCUUCCAUAAUUGUGACGGUUAUACUGUCGGUUUAUAAAAGCAGCAUCUGCUAUGGAAAUACAUGUUACCAACAGCUGUUACUAGAAACUGGUAAAGGGUGUUUGAUAUUGAGGGUCUACCCAACACUUAAGUUGAUUUUUAAUUGCACUUGGUUGUCUGAAGAGUGCCACUUUGGCAGUUAUCUUGAAAUGUGACACAAACACAAGUCAAGUGUCAUAAGGGCACAAUGGAUGUUGGAGUGAAUGUAAAGAAAAUGUAUUUAAUAUUGUAAACAAAGUCAUUUGGAGCUACCUGAUCUCAAAUUACCAAUUCUCAUCUUCACUUGGAUGGGGAUUUGAAAAGUUGAGCAACUUGUCCUCAACUGAUUAAGCCAUUUCUGUGAUCAAGCAAUUUUUGGAACAUUGAUAUUUUCUGAUCCCAAAACAUUAUCGGGAGCAGUGUCUUCCAUAAUGUGAAAUGUUGAAGGUAGUUUUUGCCUACCAGCGUGUAUAUAUCGGGGGCAGUGUUCCUCAUAUUUCACUUGUAGGGUGGAUGAACUUAUCGGGAACAGUGUUUCCCAUAGUUUUUAUAUAUAUUUAUUGUUUUUCAUUUUUCUGAGCGUUGUUUUUCUGUGUGCAUUUCUUAAUGAUUUUGUUCCUUUAGAUCUGUAAUGUUUAGUGAGAUCACAACUUACUUGUCUUGUCAUGUUACAAAUCAGUUGAGCAUCCUAUGAUGUUUGCCAGGCUACAAAGAGUAUUUUUACUAGAAAUAAAAUCUCACAUGGAAGACUUGGAUGUGAUCGUUCCACACAUGCUCUGUAGCCCUGUUUUUCUAAAGAAAACCUAUGAGGUGGUAAUGAGUUCAGUGAAUUGUCAAGUUUGUCUUUAAUCCUUAAGGCAUACCCCUGUCCACAUUCAGAAAUAUAACGGUUUCUCUUUUGUGUCAUCUAAUUUCAACUCAUUAUCCAAAUGAUGAAUUACUGUCUGUUAAUAGUAAAGACCAAAUAUUUUCUGGAAUAUAUUUGAUUUAUUUUCAUUGGUCAUUGACUAGUUUAUGCCAGGAGUUUUCAAUUGUAUGCUCAUACCUAUAAUGUACACUUUAAUCUGCUGUUGCUUUCUGGACUUUGCACGCUGUUUUGCUUGUAUGUGGAUCUCUGUGUAUUCUCUGCUCAUUAAAUGCAAUUAUGUUAUUGUGGAGAUGGAUCAAAAUUACUUUUUUGAAUUGUUAAUUUGAAAUGGGGUAUUUGGAUCUCAAAUUUCAAGAAGAUGAAUCUGUGAUAUGGGGGUGGGGGGGGGAGAGAGUAAAUUGAAGAGAUGAAGAAAUAGGACCUUCUCUGUCGCUUAUUUAAUAAACUUUUGUUCAACUUUA